AUGGAAAGACGAAAAGAGGAAAAAGAAGCAAGAAGAAAUCAUCAGCACCAAUUGACAACAAGAGCCGAAAACUCGGAUCGGAAAUCCAUACCACGUCAGAUUCGUGGUAUGCCGCCUUCAAGCAAAUCCAUCACUUUAUUGAUUAUAUCGGUCGUGGUCGUGACCAAGAUAUGCUUAUUUAUAUCCGGAUCCGAUCCGCCACGGAAAACUUCGGAAAAAGUGGUACAGCUUCAAAAUCAUUAUCUGGAACCAGCCCCGUCGUCGUCAAAAUGCCUUACAGCAGCUUUGUACGCAGUGAAUCAUGGUGGCGGCACAGGAAAUGUCAUGUUUGAACUUCUAGGUCUCUAUGCUAUAGCGAAAAAAGUCGGGAGGGAUGAGUCCGGUAGUCCGGCGGCACCACCUACUGGCGGUACGUCAGAAGCACAAUGGAACACAGAUCGGGAACACAGGAUUGAUCCGAGCUCAUCUGAAGAGGAUUUCACACGUACAGCAACAGAUUUCGUCCUAACUAAAGCUCGAGAAGAGGAUUCACGAAUACCGUACCUUUACGUGAUGUCGGAUGACAGCUUAUGGGCACAAAAUACGUUCCAUACAUACGAAAGAACUAGCAUUGCCGCUAACAACAGUACACCACCGUGUACAGAAUGGGAAUUCAGCAAAAUGUUUUGUGAUAGAUUAUUAUUAUUAUUAUUAUUAUUAUUAUUAUUAUUAUUAUUAUUAUUAUUAUUAUUAUUAUUAUUAUUAUUAUUAUUAUUAUUAUUAUUAUUAUUAUUAUUAUUAUUAUUAUUAUUAUUAUUAUUAUUAUUAUUAUUAUUAUUAUUAUUAUUAUUAUUAUUAUUAUUCGGGUUUUUAUUCGAAUCUAAUAUUCCUAACAAUAAUUUAAUUUAUUUAGCAUCAAUGUCAACUUAUGGAUACUGGAUUGGAUAUUUAUCACGUGGUCAGAAGGUCUACUAUAACUAUGCCUUCACUAACGAGUUCGAGAAACAACUCGGACCCACAGAUUUCUGGCCCCCACACUGGAUUGCAAUCCAGUAUCAACAUCGAGAGAAGAAGAUAAGGGAAUGGUUUCCACACGAUCCUGAUGUCAUAAGGAAUUCAAAUAUCUGA